ACCCAGGGAGAUUGGUGGGCUGUCCGAGCUCGCCGACCUCUACCUCGACGUCAACCAUCUCGCCGGGCCCGUGCCCGUGGAGAUUGCCGCCAUGGGGAACCUCCAAGUGUUGCAGCUGGGUUACAACCAGCUGACAGGAAGCAUACCACCCCAGCUGGGAAACCUGAAUAAGCUGGCUGUUCUUGCACUCCAGUCCAACCAGCUGACCGGAGCUAUUCCGGCGACCCUUGGCAGCCUAUCUCAGCUGACACGGCUUGAUUUGAGCUUCAACAGCCUAUUUGGCUCGAUCCCUUCGAAGAUCGCAGACAUUCCGUUCCUUGAGGUCUUGGAUGUUCGCAACAACACUCUAUCAGGGAGUGUUCCUGCUGGCUUGAAGAGAUUGAAUGGAGGCUUCCAGUUUGUGAACAACAAGGGGCUUUGUGGAACUGAGUUCAGUUUGCUUGAUCUUUGUACUUCUUCAGAGGAUGGCCUGAAGCCUAGCAAGCCUGAGCCUUUUGGCCCAGAUGGUACUGUCAAGACAGGUCAAGUUCCCCAGUCGGCAAAUCCAAACACAACGAAAUCUUCAAAGACAUCUGCAGGAGUUCUUAUUGUUGGUGUUGUUGCUGUGGUUGCUGGUGCUGCAUUCUGUGGAAUAUUUGCAUUCUCGUAUUAUCGCCGGCACAAGCAAAAGAUUGGCAGCUCACUGGAGGUUUCAGAUAGUAGGCUCAGCACUGACCAUUAUCAGCAGAAGGAAGUCUGCCGAAGGAGCGCUUCGCCUCUGAUUAGUGUUGAGUACUCAAAUGGAUGGGACACUAUGUCAGGUGGAGGUUGUGGAUCAUCCGGUGAGGUUGGUGAUAGCUUUAGGUUCAACCUUGAGGAGGUUGAGUGUGCAACUCAGUAUUUCUCUGAGGUCAACUUGCUAGGUAAGAGCGGCUUUGCUGCAACAUACAAGGGAAUGCUGCGGGAUGGGUCUGUUGUUGCGGUUAAGAGCCUUAAUAAGACAAGUUGCAAGCAAGAGGAGUCUGAUUUCCUGCGAGGUCUGAAGACACUCACCAAGCUGCGACAUGAGAACCUAGUUGGCCUGAGGGGCUUCUGCUGCUCCAGGGGGAGGGGGGAGUGUUUCCUAGUGUAUGACUUCAUGGUUAGUGGGUGCUUGUCACAGUAUCUUGAUGUUAAGGAUGACUCCAAUGCUAGUGUUCUUGAUUGGCCUACAAGGGUUUCCAUCAUCAGAGGCAUUGCAAAAGGCGUUGAGUACUUACACAGUAAGAAGAGCAACAAGCCAUCAUUAGUGCACCAGAACAUAUCGGCCGAGAAGAUCCUUCUCGACCACCACUUCGCCCCACGUCUGUCUGUCCCGGGGCUGCACAAGCUCCUUGCUGACGAUGUCGUCUUCUCAACCCUGAAGGCCAGCGCAGCCAUGGGGUAUCUCGCCCCUGAGUACGCCAACACAGGCCGCUUCACCGAGAAGAGCGACGUCUUCGCCUUUGGGAUAGUUAUCCUCCAGGUCAUCACAGGCAGGAGGGCGGUCUCACAACUGAAGGUAGGCACAGCGGCUGGUGACCUCGAUGGCCUGAUUGAUCCAAACCUGGGAGGCGUCUUCUCGAGGACAGAGGCUGCCGAGCUCACAGCAGUUGCUGCACUCUGCACAAAUGAAGCGGCGAGCCAGAGGCCGGCAAUGGAGGCUGUGGUUCAGCAGCUCAGCGGCUGA